AUGGAUGGAACUCCAUCUCAUGGAAUGUUAAUAUUGUCUGCAAGCUAUGUAAACAGUGUACCAGCAUCCGAUGUCAAUUCUACGGACAGAAGACUGUUUAAUACAAUUAUUCACGAAACUUUCCAUAUUUUAGGAUUACACAAGGGAUACCUUCCAGAUUGGAUUAAUCCAGCCACCAACGAAACAUACGGUAACGUCUCAAAGAUGACAGAACUAUCACAAAUUCCAGAAUAUGGAGCUAAACAAUUCACUUUAUUGACUACUCCCAAGGCUCUGGAAGUCAUUAAGAAGCGCUUCAAUCCUCCGGAAGACGAACCAGCUACUGGAAUUGAGCUAGAAGAUGGCGGAGAAUCGUCAAGAUUUAGUCAUACAGAAGCACGUGUUUUUUAUGGCGAUAUAAUGAUGGGAUAUAGCAAUUUCAACUUAGCUAUAUCAGAAAUUACCCUCGCUAUGCUUGAAGAUACCGGAUUUUACAAAGUCGACUACAAUUACUCAGAACCUCUUGCCUGGGGUGAUCACAAGUUCUUCAAUGGAGUAAUUACAGACGAAUUCCUGUUUGACGAACCUUCAAGAUUCCCUCAAAACUACCUUUGUAAUGAUAAUGAUGCAAUAACUCAGGCCACAGUAGGAAAUGACUACAGAAUCUGUUCAUUUGACUAUAUCGGACUUGCCAGAUGUAAUAUCCAGAGGUCAAUUGAUUGUACAAGUUCAGAUCAGACCGUUGAUGAAAAAUAUUACUGCGACAGUCGCGAAUUUUUCAAUCCAAACAACAACACAUACACAGGUACUGAUAGAAUUGUUGAUUGGAUCCCUGCAAAAGAGACUCUAUCCCUUUGCCAACCAAAUCAAAGAUGUGCAAUGAUCGGAACACCACAAUCAAACACAGGAAAGUGCGUAAACCUUGUUUCUCAUGACAGCACAUCAUAUAAGAUAGAAGAUAAUGACCAAACAGCAACUUGUACAAAAGAAGGUGAAUUUGUACAGUUAGGUGACCAACAAGUAAAAUGCGAACACAUAUUCGCUUAUCCAAAUGUAGAGAACUACUACAAGACCACAAAAUCUCAAAUGGACGGAGGAUUUAUUCAUAGAGAGCCUCCACAAACUCCACAAAUUGAACCAACGCCUGACAAUAGUAAUAAGAAGCUUCUCAUGAAGAUUCUCAUACCUAUUGGCGUUAUUCUUUUACUUAUUGUCAUUGCUGUUUUGAUUAUCGUCUGUGUCAUUCAGAAGAAGAAGGCAAGUCCAGAGGUGUCAGAUGCAAACAAUAAAGAAGAUCCAAUUUUGGUAUAA